AUGUGGCGGCUACUGUUGAUGGGAACGCUGCUCCAGUCGACCGGAAUCAUCGUCCAGUGCAGGAACAUCAAACUGAUAUUGCCCAGCGUACCAGACGUCCUACACCCUCCGGUGCCGUCCUCCCAAGCCGGAUAUAAUAUAAGAGGAGAUGAUGUGGAUGGUCUCCAGUCUGAGGAGGACAUCGAUCCGGAGGUAAGACCUGGCCUGUUUCAAGGGGACAUGGCGAUGAACAACGAGAUUUUUGACUAUUGGCGGGUCGGCCUACGAUGGGACAUUUUCCCGGAGAAACUCUGGCUCAACCGCACCGUGCCGUAUUUGAUAAGCCCGCUUUACGAAACCGAACACCGGAUUCUGAUAUACCAAGCCAUCAGGACGAUCAACUUUCUGACUUGCAUUAAAUUCGUGCCGUGGACCGGUAAAGAAAAGGACUAUUUGCUGAUAUGGCCGGUGAAAUAUCCUUCUGGGUGUUGGUCGUACGUGGGCCGUUACGGGGGACCGCAAAUUGUGUCUCUGCAGCCACCGGACGAAACUGGAGCCAAUUGCUUAGGUACCGACGGACGACCUAUUCACGAAUUAUUACACGCUCUAGGCGUUUUCCACGAGCAAUCCAGAUCUGACCGUGAUAAAUUUGUGAAGAUUAAUUUCGAAAACGUCAUACCACAAUACCGUUCUAAUUUCGAUAAACAGAGUUUGAAAAACACCACUUAUCAGUUUGAAUAUGAUUACGACAGUGUCAUGCACUAUGGCAAAAACUUUUUCAGUAUUGGCAAAGGAAAGCAAACCAUUGUUCCGAAGAUGGAAGGUAAAACAAUCGGGCAGAGAAAAAUGAUGAGCAAAACUGACUGCUUGAAAAUUAAUGAUUUGUACGGAUGUCUAGGGACGCCGCCAAAUUACAAUUAUAAAUACUAUACAUUAUGUAAUUAUAUGGGUCUUUAA